AUGAAAGGUUUAUCUAUCGCUACACUUACAUUUGCUCUUGCUCUUGCCGCUUCUGCUGGUGAUUCGAACAAAAACCGUGAAGUUGAUUCAUCAAAUCAUCCACCAGCACCAAGAUCCAUUGUUACUGUUUAUACAACAGUAACUGGUACGUUGAUGGUGAAAGAUCCUGAAUUUGAAGCAAGCCCUGAUUAUGAAAACAAGAACAAGGUAGAACGAGAAAAUGCCGAAAAUGAUCGAAAAAAUGUGGAACCCAAAGAAACCAACAAGAAGACAGAAGAGGAUGAAGAAAAAUUUGAAGAAGACUUAGAAGAAGAAGAGGAUGAUGAUGAUGAUGAAUUGGAAGAUGAAGAUGGAAAGUUACCUCCUGGUAAAAAAGAUCAGAAAGAAAAUAUCCCCAAGGAACAAAAUGAUAUAAUGAAAAAAGCCAAGGAUAAGAAGAAGGAUAAAAAGGAUGAAGAUGACGAUGAUGAUGACAAGCAAAAUACCGAUGAUGAGGAAAUGGAUGAGGAUGAUUUUGCUGCUAAUGCCGCUACUACCUCCAGCUCCCCUGUCGCCGCCGUCACAUCACCAUCACCAUCAUCAUCAUUAUCAUCAUCUACAUCCGGAAAUAUUGCAAGCACUGUCCAAUCUGCCGUUUCUUCUAUCAUUUCCAGUGCUUCUGGUAUCGUCAACAAAUCUUCUGGUUCCUCAGUUGCUGCAUCUGCUAGCUCUGGUACGUCUACUGCCCAUCCUACCACUAGUGCUGCCUCUACCAUCAAAGUGGCUGGUUCUAUGAUGAUGACAGUUAUAGGAUUCACAGCCUAUUAUCUCCUUUGAUCAGAUAAAACGUUGCACUCUCUCUCUCUCUAUAGGUGUUAUGACAAAUCAUCCAAUAAAAAAAAAUAUUUCCGA